AUACAGUCAUGCAUGUAGAGUCAUAGUUAGGGCGGCAACCACAUUUCAAACAAAGAAUUCGUGCAGCACACACACGACUCAUUUUUAAAUGUAAACGGUGGCAAAUACAAUGGAAGAUGCAAAUAUCCAACAAGGCAAGCCCUUUAAAAUCACCGAUUCGUCGCGCGAAACCAAAAAGGGGGUUGUCGCCGCUAGCCUCGAAGACCUAACCUCCAAAGUCAUCGAAAAACUGAACGUCUCCGGUGAUAUUACUGUCGUCCUCGAAGCGGACGGGACUGAAAUCGACGACGAAGAAUAUUUCGCUACGCUUGAGCCGCACACCAGUCUUAUGAUUCUGAACGGGGGCCAGAAGUGGAUGCCGCCGGCGCCCCCAUGUCGCCUUUCCACCGAUCAGCCGGACGACGGUAAAGGUGGGGCCGAAUUGGCCGGACUUGUCGGUAAACUAAAGCACAAUUUAUGCCACGUGUCGCUCCUGGGAGGUGCGGAACUGGAAAUGCUCAGUGACAUGGAUCCUGACUCUUUAGUUGAUAUCACUUUCCCUGAUAAGAUCUUUCUUGAACAACUGAAGGAAGCGUCAGGGAGGUUUUUGAGUGAGAAAAGACAAGCACAAGAUGCCAUGGAUUUGCUAAGGCUGUACCAAGAGAAAGAGGCUGAGUCUGGGGAGACCAACUGAUCCACAAUGGACGAUGUACUGGAAAUUCCGUUUUAAAAUGGCUGCCUCAUACCCCAAGUAUUUAAAUAAGACUGAAUUGCCAAUAAAUUACUGUCCUGGCGUAACCCAAUUGCUCAAUCACUGCACAGCCACGUUCACAUUAACACCAAACAACGUUGGUUAACACAAAUUCUAACAUCGCAACAAUACUUCACUAAGGGCACGUCACAUAUACCCCACACAUUGUAAUCACCCAAACCACCUAUUAUUCAUGGUUGUAAUAAAUCUCUUAUUAGUGAAUUAAGCAUGUUACCUUAGCUGUGAUAAAUCAACUUGUAGCUCUAGUAUUUAACUUUUCAAAAAUUAGAUAUAUCCCCAUUCAAAAAAUUCACUAACAAGAGGAGUGUCUCAUUCAUGUGGUUUUUAUCAUAGUUUUUGCUAUAAUACAAAAUAAUAUAAUCAUAUACUUGUAUACAUUUUAACAAUAAAUAAUUUAG